AUGAGCGGAUCUCUACCAGAGGAAUUUGAUAUAAUCGUGUGCGGUGGUGGAAGUGCGGGCUGUGUCGUGGCCGGACGUCUCGCCAACUUGGACCACAAUCUCUCCGUCCUCCUCAUCGAGGGAGGCGAGAACAACCUCAACAACCCAUGGGUAUUCCGUCCGGGGAUCUACCCCCGCAACAUGAAGCUUGACUCAAAGACAGCUAGCUUCUAUGAGUCCAAGCCUUCUAAGUGGCUUGGUGGCCGAAAGGCCAUCGUGCCCUGUGCCAAUGUACUCGGUGGAGGGUCUUCCAUCAACUUUAUGAUGUACACUCGUGCCUCCGCUUCGGACUACGAUGACUUCCAGGCCAAGGGCUGGACGACAAAGGAGCUUCUCCCCUUGAUGAGGAAGCAUGAGACAUACCAGCGUCCGUCGCACAACCCGGAGCUUCACGGCUUUGAGGGCCCCAUCAAGGUGUCGUUUGGAAACUACACGUACCCCAUCAAGGAGGACUUCCUCCGCGCUGCCGAGACCCAGGGUAUCCCCACGGUCGACGACCUCCAGGACCUCAGCACCGGUCAUGGGGCUGAGCACUGGCUCAAGUGGAUCAACCGAGACACUGGCCGCCGCAGCGACAGCGCCCACGCCUACAUCCACGCCACGCGAGCCAAGUACUCCAACCUGUAUCUUUCUUGCAACACCAAGGUUGACAAGGUCAUCAUCGAAAAUGGUCGUGCUGUGGCCGUGCGCACCGUCCCCAUGAAGCCUCUUGACCCCAAGAAUAUCAAGCCUCGCACGUUCAAGGCCCGAAAGCAGAUUGUCGUUUCGGGCGGAACUCUGUCUUCGCCCCUCAUUCUCCAGCGCUCUGGAGUUGGUGACCCCGAGAAGCUCCGCAAGGCUGGCGUCAAGCCCAUCGUUGACCUUCCCGGUGUUGGUCUCAACUUCCAGGACCACUACCUGACAUUUUCCGUCUUCCGGGCCAAGCCUGAGACGGAGAGCUUCGACGACUUUGCCCGCGGUGAUCCCGAGACCCAGAAGGCCGUCUUCCAACAGUGGAAUACUGACGGCACUGGCCCUCUGGCGACCAACGGUAUCGACGCCGGUGUCAAGAUCCGGCCUACUCCCGAAGAACUCCGGGAGUUUGAGAAGUGGCCGACGCCCCACUUCAGGGACGGCUGGAAGUCGUACUUCGAGAACAAGCCCGACAAGCCCGUGAUGCACUACUCUGUCAUCUCUGGCUGGUUUGGCGACCACAUGCUCAUGCCCCCCGGCAAGUUCUUCACCAUGUUCCACUUCCUCGAGUAUCCCUUCUCGCGCGGGUCUACGCACAUCACCUCUGCGGACCCGUACAAGAAUCCCGACUUUGACGCCGGGUUCAUGAACGACGAGCGCGACAUGGUCCCCAUGGUGUGGGGCUACAUCAAGUCUCGCGAAACCGCCCGGCGCAUGGACGCCUACGCCGGCGAGGUCGCCAACAUGCACCCCUUCUUCCGCUACGACUCCCCCGCCAAGGCUCGCGACCUAGACCUGGCCACCACUAACAAGUACGCACUGGCUGGCAACACCACGGCCGGCAUCCAGCAUGGCAGCUGGACGCAGCCCAUCGAGGAGGCCGAGAACAAGUGCGACAAGUCCUCGACGGUCACCAGCAGUCGUGUGGACACGCGUGAGGAGCUGAAAUACUCCAACGACGAUAUCAAGGCCGUCGAGGAGUGGGUCAAGCGUCACGUCGAGACCACCUGGCACUCGCUUGGCACUUGCUCCAUGGCGCCCAAGGAGGGCAACAGCAUCGUCAAGCACGGUGUUCUCGACGAGCGCCUCAACGUCCACGGUGUCAAGGGACUCAAGGUUGCCGAUCUUAGCAUCUGCCCUGACAAUGUGGGCUGCAACACAUACUCCACGGCUCUGCUCAUCGGAGAGAAGGCUGCUGUCCUUGUUGGCGAGGACCUCGGCUACACGGGUGAGGCUCUGGAAAUGAAGGUUCCUACAUACCAUGCCCCCGGAGAGUUCACCCUCUCGCAUCGUCUCUGA